AUGUUUGCGAAGGGUGCGGCUUUGCAGCCUCACAACGCGAGUUUGGGGCUCUUACAACUGAUAACGCAAAAAAAUGAAGCAGACGUUCAGCGGAUCCGCGCACAUGCUGAGGAGCGGCUGUAUCAAGAAGCGGAGGAACGAACUCGCAUGGCAGAUGAGGACUUCGACGCUGGCGGUGAUGGUCGCGAAGACAUGCCGGGGACGAUUCUGAGAGGACAGGUACUUAAGAACUCUGUUAAAACUCGGAUUGCUCUAGUACUCCGUCGCGCCGGAACUGCAUGCGGGCCUGUCCUAGGUAGGCCGCCCCUUUUCAACCUGCGCACGCUCUGGCAUCUAUGAUGUAGGAGCUUCGGCCUCAGAAGGCGCGACUUUCCUCCCCCCCGCAUUUGCUCGGGCGGCGAUGGAUCGGCGCGCGGAGCGCCGACCACAGUGGUGCCCGGCCACUCCUGCGCUGAGUUCGCGACCCGUUUGUCGCCAGCGUGCGUGGCUGAUCGGAUGCCCGCCACGGCGCAGAGCGAGGCAGGCGGACACUAGCAGAGAGCGGGCCCCGUUAACGCCUGGCGGUCCGCCGAUCUCUCAAGUGAAAGGCUGGAGAAGGGAGGCAGCAGCCAUCCCUUCAUCCUUGUCAGGGCCCGCCGCGGUAAUGGAGACCUAAGUGCCUCCGGGAGCAUCACGACCAUCGGCGCGGGUGGCUAGCUUGAUACACACGCAACCGCUGGCGGCAGUGUAUGCCUUUGGCUCUUCCUUGGCGAACAAGUCUGGAAGCGAACCCGAGGAGCAAAGCGACUUGCCCGCGGCCUCGAAUACCUUAGAGACGUUUAAUGCUGGUUCUUAGUCGAUACCAAUAAGGGUUCCGAAAGUCUGCCACCUUUAAAAGCUCAGCGGCCAUCGUGUCGACGGAAAAAGGCGCUGGCCGACUCGUGCUGGUCUGCGUGUAUGCUUUCCCUCUCUGAGGGAGUCGCCGCCAGAGUUUCCCAGUUAGCAGACAGCUGCAGACGCAAGCUCAACGACUUAGCAAUAGCAAGACACAUGAGACGAGGCCGCGCACCAAGUGCCUGAGUGGUCUCGUCGGGCUGUUGCGUCUUUCGUCUUCUAUUGUUUAACCCCUUAGGGGGUCACCUGCUUGACGCCGACCAAGUUGCGGCGUGGCGGCAUCGUUUGCGUGAAACUUUGCGCGGGUGUUUGGAGCCUGGCUACUUUCUCGGGCACCCUUGUGGGGGCCUUUCUGGCGGGCGUGAGUAUGGCGGCGUCUACACUCUCUGGACAUGGCGGCCGCAAAGGGCUCCGCAGUAUGCUCAAAAUAAUUGAAGAGCUGCCUCCAGCGGUGGCGCUACUUGCGCCAGAGCAAGCCAGGGCAUUCGAUAAGCAUAAGCAUCGGCGGCGACUCGCCUACAGAAUACGGAGGAGAGUGCGCCAGGCGCCUGCUGGUGUUCUAGUUCUUCUAGUCUUUCGGCUUCGCUAGAUUGUUGGCAUGAGUCCACGGCGCUCCGUUCCACUUCCAACCGCGACGCGGGUCUGAGGCCUUGAGUCCGUUGGGAACAUUGUGACCAACCGCGGCGUGAGCGCUUUCCGUUAGGUCAACAGCGCCAGCUGGUCCUCGGUCUCAGCGCUUUCGCGACAUAGGUCACGUCGCUCCAAAUCGGACAGGGCCGCGGAGUGAACCUGCGCGCCGCCUUCGUCCCGGUGCGAGCAGGCGGCCGCUACACGAACCGAGGAAACAGCGCGGCCGCGAUCCGGGAGCUGGCUACUUUGUUGGGCUGGCUUGGGAGCUGGUGACGCCGGCGGGGUCUUGCAGUUUGGUGAUUUUUCCCCGGCUGAGCCUCUAAGCCUAACAAGUGGGAUUCAAACCAAGCUGAUCGACAAUGAGGAAACAGCGCAGCAGUUAACUAAGGCGCUAGAAACUUCCACCCGAAGCCAUUUCCAUACUGUGCGGGAGGGAACGCAGUAAGAAAAUGACAAGCGACGCCAUCUAGUACUUCUAAACCAUCGGAAUGGACAUCACCCGGACCCACUUAACCAAGCGCGCCGCGAGGUGGCCGGCUUCGGCUAGGCAGUCCGCGCCUUGCUUCGUUCGUGUGUGGUGGAGUGGCUCAUGGGCAAGUGAUUGCACUCCGCUCCGGAGGGUCUCUGGUUCGAAUCCUGGAGGGGACUCGACUGGCAGGGAGGCGGCCUCCAGGCUGGUUGCCGCCCCACACCCAGGGGAGAGACAAACGGGGACCGCGCUGGGCCAGACAGUGCGGGGAGAUGAGACCCAAGGGGAGCCCUCUGAGCAGCGGACGGCACCGCGCCCACGCGGUCCAUCGUGUGGCUCACAACCCUGGCCAUAACUGGACGGCGUCAGCUCAUCUGAUGAGUAGCUGGGCUGCUCAAGUCUUCGAAAGUGUUCACGCAGAGAAGGGCGGCCCGCUGGCGCCGUCGGCGGGAUGGGUCUGGCUUCGCAUUUAAAUGAUGCGGGUGGGGUGAGUGUGUUGCUUUGUCUUCAGAACACUCGCAAGGGACAGCGGGAGGGCCAGGGGCUUGCGCACUUUGUGCCUCGUGUCUUGUCUUGUUAGAAUAGAGUAGGCGCAAGAAGGGGCUGCGCCUGCGGCUCGGGCUUAAGUUAAGGGCGGAGACAUACGUAGCCACUUUCGAAGCACCAGGAGACCCGCGGCCUUCUUGCUGACGCGCACACUUUGAGCAGUUCAACCAGAAAACGGCUACCCGCCUCAAGGAGUCGCACGAGGUCAGCUCGGAAACGGUUGCCCACCUCAGCUCAAGCUGUCAAAGCGCUCAGCCCGGACGGCGACGGUCUUCGCUUGGAGCUCGGACAGCUUUCGUCUGUUUCGGUCUCAGGUGGACCCUGAGCGGAAUGGGAUGGCCUCCAUUUUCUGUGCCGCUUCGCACCCCGCUGAGCUUUCUCCAGGCGAGAGAGGUGGCGCGCAACUUCGCCGAGGCUGAGCUCAAGUUGAGGGAGAUUGUCUUGUGACGGAGAUACCUACGUACCUCGCCUGCCGGCAGGGUUUCGCCUCGCUGCGGGAGCCACUGCGCGCACCCGGAGCACGGGGCGGCCCGCUGUGCAGUCCAUGCGAGUCUCUGAGAGAUGUCGUGGGAAGCAGCGACACCGAGUGAGCGCGCAAAAGUCGCCAGAAGCGACAGGAAGGAGGAAGCCCCAGGAAAGGGGCGGAAGUGGGUGGAGGGCUGUCGGGUAGUGCUAGUGUAGUCCGGGCGGCAGAAUGUAGACGGGUUGCCUUUUCUCUGCGUGUGUAUUUCUGAUUGGUUUCACUAAUCGACGCCGUGGCUUAUUGCAACAAAAGGCCUUUGCUCGUCUUUAUUCUUGGAGGGAAAGGCGGAGGCUUCGGGCGCCAGUGCUUGCGCGCUGGCGCCGCGCUUACUUUGCGAGUUGCGACGAACCUUCGCGCGCCCCCGCCUGCACAUCUUUCACAGGCUCCCUCGCGCUCGCUUGCGAGGCAUUCGACUCCGGGAGUGGUUUGCUGGAGUGGCUUCUUAGGGUGCUCCCCGUGGAAUUGAUUAUAUAGGAGGGAGCAAGGCGGUGUCAGCAUGUCCCUCGGCUCGAUAAAAGAUGUGCGGCGGGUCAAACGUUUUUUGCUGUGCGGUCGGACUGUCUUGCUUUCUUCUAUCUGGUCAGCCUAUGCACCAAGCUGGCCCUGGCGGCCGGCGGGCUUGUCUGUCUGUUGUGUUUCUUCUACUUCGGGGGGGUGGGUCGGCCAGUUUGUUCUUUGGGUCGGGGGCGUCCAUGCAUUGGGCUCGGGGGCAUCAUGGAGAUGCAUGGGGCGCAACCCAAGCAACGCUUGGAGCUGUGGCUCCCCUCAGCCCGUUGCCCUUCUUGUUUUCGAGAUAAUAGCUACCAACACCAGCCAAGCACUCAACUUGAGAAACAUUCAUCGCGCAGCGUUAUCUUUCAUCAAUCUGAUUGGCGUUGAUGGUAACUAAUGCUAAUGGUAAUGGUAUGCACUACGGUCAGAAUCAGAGUCAACGCCAUCAACUCCAACAGGCCGAUGCCAAUCAAUCUGAGGGUGACGUGCACGCGCUUACCGG